AUGCAUCCACGAUCGAUUGGAAGCAUCCUCACGACCCGAACCGGCCGCACAUCUACUUCUGAUGACACGUUAAAUCCGUAUUCGCCUAUCUUGCAGCCCCAUAGAUAUUUCAAGUCUCGCCGCCGGCCACUUGUAUACCCGGCCUUGCUCUCUUGUGUUGCCAAAGCAUUCCGUGAACAUAUCCCCCUGGCCAACCAUACUAAAGGCGACAUGACAUAUGCCAGCACAUUCGAUGGGCACGAAGCCGUCAGUAUUAUUGCAUGGAUUAUAAAGACCUCCGACCGCAACCUUGCCCUGCUUCUUGGCCGUGCUCUGGGUGCGCAAAGGUUCUUCCACCAUAUUGCAUUCCACUAUCAGCUACGGGAUUCGCCCACAGAAAUAUACCAGUUUAAAUACAUGUCGCCGGAAGCUGGAAGAAGGCGAGGAAAUAAGUCUACCCAUGUUCGCUCAAGCUCGUUGAACACCAGCAAGGUAUCAAAAUUCGAGACUGGUUCAACUAAUAGGGGUGGGAACGCAGCUGGAGAUGGUGGUUCCGUCUCGCUUCCUUCAAGCGUAUUUUCGGCCUUAACCAAGUGUUACUCGUCAACAUGUACUAAGUAUCGAGCUUGCUAUAGCCCCAGUUGUCCCAAGCGUUUCGAGUUGGAACAGACUCAGCACCAACAGCACCCAGGAUCUCAUGGACACUAUAUUUCAAAUUCUGGUUAUGGCCUCCAACAACUACCUGAAGUCAACUCGGAUGAAAGAAUUAAACGUGCCAUAAAGGCAAGUCUUAUUUGGCCCCGAACGUGGAGCAUUUCUGAACUCGAUGAAAAGAUACCUGGUCGGCCAUGGCUCCAUUCAGCAGUACAAGAAAUGGAUAAUAUCGGCAGCCGCGAAAACAAGCGCCAAAAAGCGAUACAGGAAAUAAUCCGUGUCCAGCGUGACUUUGUACAAGACCUGGAGUAUCUCCGAGAUUGCUGGAUAGAGCCUUUGCCAGACCAAGAUAUUGUUCCUGCAGAUAGGCGCAUCGAGUUUAUACAGCAAGUGUUUGGGAAGUUCGAAGAAAUGCUCGACGUCAAUCGUCGCCUCUGUACGGUAAUUACUACACGCCAAAAGUUCAAUCGCGAUACCGAAUUUAUCGGAGACGCAUUCCUUGAGAUGGUACCACACUUUCAAUCGCUUGUCCAGGGCAACAACCAUCGAAUAUGGGGAGGAUACGAACUUGAACCAGAGGAGCCAACCAACCCUGCAUUCGCAGCAUUUUCCCGAACAGUCGAACAGUCGCCACCAAGCCGCGAUCCGAAGCUGGCCACAUACCUAGCGAAGUCACUUGUACACCUAACACACCUUCUACAAUGGCUAGAGAUCAUACUCGAAAACACUCCUCAGGGUAGCCGUGAUCAGGUGAUAAUUCCUGAAGUCAUAAAUAUGAUCCGCAAAUUCUUAAACGAAGGUGAUACGGAUGGAGAAUGCACCGCCCUUCGGUUAGACCAUGUGCUUAUGCUUAGACCUGACGAACAAAUGGAUUUCAAAAUCAGGGAUCAGUUUGAACAACGUCAACUUGUAUACAAGGGCCGACUCAAGUACCGCGGAGGCGUCAUCAAGGGAAAUGUCGAUUUACAGGUCUUCUUGCUGGACCACGUGCUUCUCAUCGUCAAGAGCAAGAAGAGCGGUAGAUAUGACCAGUUGACAUUGUUCAAACGGCCUAUCCCGUUAGAGCUACUCACUGUAUCUGUGCCGGAAGAGAAUGGAGGGGUCGACAGGGUAAUUACGCUUUGGGCCUCCACAUCUUCUGACCGAAAGAAGUGGAUACAGCAUAUUACGGCUCGACAGCGGGCGACGCGUGAGCAAAGGAGUACCUUUAUCACGUACACGUUGAGCGGAGAGACUUUCACGAACGCAAUUGGAGUCAAUUGCGCAGCUCUAUAUGAUCACGGUCAACGAAUAGCCUAUGGAACGGAUAAAGGGGUCUAUCUCCAGUCCUUACACGGUGGACAACCCGUCAAGUAUCUUGACUUGCCGGAUGUACAGCAGAUUGAUGUAUUAGAAGACUACCAAUCGCUAAUCGUACUUUCUGGCGAGUCGAACUUUGCGCCCGACGCAGGAAACCUUGUCAUACAUAAGGUUGCGUUACACAUAUCUCUUUAUAAAGUUGGAUACUGCUUGGAUCGCGCCCACAUUUGUAUAGCUGGAGAGAACACAUCUGAAGGCACAACUAUCCGGAUCAAGGAAAUUAAUGGCAUCAUGUGCAGGAUUGGUGUACCUUUGCCCAGUGAAUCAACAUGCGAAGCGGCGGGAACGUUUAAGGAACUUCACAUACCCACUGAAGCUCGUUCGUUUCAUUUCUUAGAGACCCAGUUGUGCAUUGUCUGCACCAAGGGCUUUAAAAUUGUCAAUUUCAACACAUUGGAAGUCUAUACCCUGCUGGAUCUCACGGAUGUAUCGCUUAACUUUGCGCGAUUUAGUAAUGACGUACAUGCGCUGGGUAUAUACCCGAUAGACGGAUUGUUUCUGCUGUGUUAUACCGAGUUUGCCUUUUACGUAUAUGAAACUGGACGCAGGUCCAAGAAUAACACAAUUAUUCGUUGGGAGGGAGCACCAACUACUUUUGCACUCCAAUAUCCAUACAUCAUGGCAUUUGACCCGAUGUUUGUUGAAAUCAGGCACGUGAAGAACGGUUCACUCGUCCAAAUCAUUCGUGGGAGCAAUAUUCGCUUGUUAUACGCCGACAUACAGUCGCCGGACGCUGGUUCGACGAUCUCAACGCUAUCGAGUCAAAGCCGUUCGGUUCUAUCAGCCCAAUUUUCUCAGGGACGUAUACACGGACGAGACUCGAUUGUGCUAGCAUCAGACGAUGGAGUAAUGAUGGUAAAAUUAUCCGCUUUGGCAUCACGGACGUUGAAUGAAUCCCUCGAUAUCAGCAUUCGGAGACCAAACACGGCGUACAGUUAG